AUGUAUUCUACUCGAAUUCAUAAGCGGGUCGAUCAAAUGAUUUCUUUCUUGCGUCGUAUUGGCAUUUGGCAUGGUGAAGAUAGACCUUCAACUAGUCAACUCAGACUGAAGACAUUCUGUUGUAUCUAUUACCUGCUGUUUUUUACUUCACUGUUGAUUGGAGCAAUGAUAAAUGAGACCGUAGAUCAGAGUGUAUUUCUAGCUGAAACAUCAACUGUUGCCUUGGUAUUGACGAUUAAAAUUUGCAUGUUGCUUUGGAAACAGAAGCAAAUUAUGGGAUUGCUGAAUCGAAUUUGUGUUUUCUCAAUUCGAAAUGAUGAAGAGUUUGCAUUUUUCAAUGACAAAGUGGAAAAAUUCAACAAAUUUCUGAUUGCGUUCGCAUGUGCUUCUAUCGCUGGUACAUUUGGAUUUUUAGCUUUCCCCUUUAUUGGAAACAAGAAAUCUGUUGUUUUGGAUAUAGCCUUUCCAUUGGAUUGGGAAAAUAGUGAAAUUGGAUUUUGGAUGGUGUACAUUUUCCUUGUCACCGAAAGUGCUCUCUCUUUUUUGGCAAUGACGUGUUCCGUUAUAAUUUGGUAUUUAUUGCUGCACUGUUCUUUAAGAUACAAAAUUCUGGGAAUGGAGAUCAGGAACGUGGGACGAAUCAGAGGUGGUAAAGUGAAAAUCUUGGAAAAGGAACGACAGGCUAUUUUUUACCAGGACUUAGUAGUGUCGAUUGAAGGUCACCUUCAUUUAAGGGGGUUGAUCGUCGAAGUGGAAGAAUUCUUAUCCAAAUUAUUUCUACUGCAAUUCGCCACCAGUAGCAUCUGCAUUUGCGGUUCAAUUUAUUGCUUGGCAUUCGAUAUCAGUGACAACUUUCUGGAGCGCAUAGUCCACGUAUAUACGUUUUUCUACAACAUCGCUGAAUUGUUUAUGAUAACGUAUUUCGGGAAUGAGAUUAUGUUGUCAAGCAGUCGCCUAACAUACAGUUUGUUUGAAUCGGAAUGGAUCGGACAACCACAAUCGACCAUUAAAUGCAUAAUAAUUUUUGGUGAAUAUUUGAAGCGAUCGCAUGAGAUGUUAAUCGGUAAAUUGUAUCCGUUGACUUUGGAAACAUUUACUAGGAUUUUGAAAUCGUCUUACAGCCUGUUCAAUAUCAUAAAGAACACUAAAUAAUAAAAUUGGAUGUUGCGGAAGCU